CCCCUUUCAAAUAAAACCGUAUAUUUCCUUGAUGUCUGUAUAUGCUGGCUUGAUGAGGACAUCAUUAGGGUGCUUCGGGGAUCUUACCUGUAGUUUAGUGUAGAAAAAAAGAUAUUAAGUUUAAACGCCAAAAUGACGGAAGAGGAUAGCUGGGAUGAAGAUUUGGAAGAAGACGCCGCGAUAGCAGGGGUUUUCCAACACUUGAGUAUCCACAAACAACCUAUUGGAAAAUCAGAGCGUAAUUCUGAAGUACGGCCAUCAAAUGAAAGAGUGGACUUUGUUACAUUGCCCUGUGGUCAUCGAAUGCCUACAGACUAUGUUGUUGCUUGGUUCAAGUAUUAUAUUAAACAGAAAAAGACUGAAUUUUCCUGCCCUCAUUUUAAAGAGGUUCAGGGGAAAUCCUGUGGUGUAAAGCUGUCUUAUCAGGAUAUCAGUCAGCUGAUACCACUGACAGACAAACAGCGGGAAUUCUUAGAGGAGAAUCUCGCUACUCUUGUUGCUAGAAGGCUGUUUGACUUUAAAGCCUGUCCAGGUUGUCAGUCUAAUGUGGAAAGACGGGAUCGAAGUAACCUGUGUGUACAAUGCACUAUCUGCACGGCCAACCUGAAACGGACCUACUACUUCUGCUGGAGGUGCCGCAGGGAAUGGAAGGGGCCAGCCAAUAAUUCAGUGCGGUGUGACAAUAAUGGCUGUGGACAGAGAGUGAAAACCUCCGAUCCUCUUAUACCAUGCAAACCUGAGUUUAAAAGGAGAAUGCUUGAAGAAAACCAUGACGAUAUAUACCCAAUAAAAGACAAAUCCCGUGACAGAAAACGUUUGGCACUGCUUAUCAACAAUGUGGAAUUUAAAAGCAUACAUUUAGAUGACAGGACUGGGGCGGAAAAGGAUGAACAGAGUAUGGAAGUGCUGCUUAAAGGUCUGGGUUACACUGUGAUCACACUCAGAGACCUCAGUGCACAGGGUAUGCUUGCUGCCAUGCGAGACUUCGCCCAGCGAGAGGAACACGCUGAAUCGGACAGCUGCUUUGUGGUGUUGAUGUCCCAUGGAGAUGCCAGUGGAAUCUGUGGAGUUUUUGACUGUUUUGACAAUGAAGAAGAAGAGGACAUUUUUUCAAUAGAUGAAAUUUUUAAUUGCUUGAACACUCCAAAUUGUGCUGGAUUGCGGGACAAGCCAAAAAUCAUCCUUAUCCAGGCGUGUAGGGGUGAGCCUCAUCCAUUUCAAGAAACAUCCUUUGGCAAAUGUGGCCCUCAUGUUAUAGAUAAAGAAGGUGGUGUGGAUGUCGAGGACGCUGUGCCAAGACGCAGGAGAAAAACAGAGCACCGUGAAAAAGACUUCUCUUGCCUGAGAUCAUGUACUCCAGAUACUGUGUCCUACAGAAACAAAAAGAUUGGCUCACAUUUCAUCCAAGACACUGUGGAAAUAUUUAAUCAGCAUGCCCACGAGGAUGACAUCGAGGAGCUCUUCAGAAAGGUCCUUAAGAAGUUCAAGAUGACACAUCCUGAUCAAAUGCCAUGCAAAGAAAGAACAACGUUAUCUAAAAAAUUCUACCUCUUCCCUGGGUUGUAGGACACAUGAACUACAACAACUGACCUCUAUGUUUUAUGCAUCUUUUUAUUGUCAUCUCAGGAGUUCAUGUUUAAAGAAAAACAAGGAUUUAUUGACAUUUUAAUGAGCUUGCAUGUUCAUAAAAUCCUUGAUUAUGAAAGUAAACAAAUUUAGCUUGUUGUCCAGCUUGAAACUUGAAAUGAACUAGAUCUAUGAAUGUAUACUUAAGUAAAUUUCUCCAUGUUAAACUAUACAGUUUUCCUACAAUUUAUUUGAAAAAUGAGGACAUGCUAUGGAUAUUGAAAUGUUAUGUAUAAAAUAUCAGGGAAAUCAAGAAAGUAAACAACUGGAUGUGAACAUACAGUAUUCAACAUUCUGCAUUAAACUUUUAUUCAUAAUAUUUACUGCUUUGUUCAGUUUGUUUAAAUUCUAUAUAAAUUCUAAAAAGUUUACAUGACAAAUGACCUAGAAUGCAAAUAUAAUUUCUAACAGCUCAGCUGUAAAGUUGAAUUUCCUGUAAUACGAAACAGAAACUAGUAACUCUGAUUCCUGAAAGAUACUUAUGUUGCAAUAAAGCUGGGAGGCUCUGUGUUAUCUGUCUUUGAAUUUACAAAGAUAGAAUAUGCUAUGCCUUAGUUAAAAGAUAAUCUCGGUUUUUCUUAAAUAUACCAUAAGAUGCACCUGAAUAAGCAUUUGUCUCAGCUCACUAAACAUUUGGAUUUAUAGUAUUUUGUAAUACAGCCCUUAUGAAAAUUAACCAUGAUUUUACUACAAAAA